CUGUGCUGGUCUUUUACUAGGUCCUCACAGUCAGUGACGUAAUUCCCCAGCGACUGAGACAUAUUCAAAACAUUCAUCUGUUUGAUAUUUGGGUAUUACAAUCGCAUUUUUUCCAGGAGCUUAACAUAAUGGCAUUGGAAACGGUCCCCAAAGACCUUCGCCAUCUGCGAGCCUGUCUUCUUUGUUCUUUAGUGAAGACCAUUGACCAGUUUGAAUACGACGGCUGUGACAACUGUGAGUCGUACCUUCAGAUGAAGGGGAACCGGGAGAUGGUUUAUGAAUGCACAAGUUCCUCGUUUGAUGGUGUAAUAUCCAUGAUGAGUCCCGAGGACAGCUGGGUAGCUAAAUGGCAGAGGAUAGGCAACUUCAAGCCAGGUGUAUAUGCAGUGUCAGUGACAGGGAGACUACCUCCAGGCGUGGUGAGAGAGUUGAAAAGCAGAGGAGUGAUCUACAAAUCCAGAGAUACAGCAGUGAAGACAUAAGCGUGGCUGCUUCCAGUUGUCUGACUAGCCACACCAGAGCGGUAUCAUACUGCAGCACCGACUCCAGGAAGACAUAACAACAGCGGGACUCAAUUUGAUCAUGUCUGUGAUGUCUUAUGGGACUGCCCUCCCAACUGUUCAGUUUUUGUUUGUUGUGAUUAGAAAUAUUAGCAUGAGUGCUUACACGGGGAGAAGUGGAUAUUUUUUAUUUCUUUGAAUAAUUGAGAAAAAAAAUAAAGGUCUGUUUUUAUUAGAAAUGUGA